CAGGCUACAGACGUCACUGCCUCCGAUCACGGAACUGGUGAGAAUCAGAUCGCGUAUCCCGUUCAGCUGUUUUUAUAAGAAAUGUCCACCGCCAACGAGAACUGCGUUCGUCUGAACAAAUUUAAAAAUAAAGGCAAGGAUGCAAAUGAGCUCAGGCGCAGAAGGAUUGAGGUCAAUGUCGAACUUCGAAAGGCAAAGAAGGACGAGCAGAUUCUCAAAAGGAGAAAUGUCAGCAGUCUUCCUGAUGAGAUGACCUCUCCUCUUCAGGAGAAGAAUCAGAAUGCUCAGGCUGCUCAGCAUUGGACCGUGGAAGAAAUCGUAAAUGGCGUCAAUGCCAACAAUCUCGAUAUGCAGUUGCAGGCCACACAAGCUGCAAGGAAACUGCUUUCCCGUGAGAGGCACCCACCUAUCGAUCGCAUCAUCAGUGCGGGGCUGAUCGCCAAGUUUGUCAGCUUCCUGGGUGUGGCAGAGUGUCCCCCUAUCCAGUUCGAAGCUGCCUGGGCUCUGACCAAUAUUGCCUCUGGAACCUCGGAUCAAACCAGGGCUGUAGUGGAGGGCGGCGCUAUCCCUGCCUUCAUCAGCCUGGUCACGUCACCACACCCUCACAUCAGUGAGCAGGCCAUCUGGGCUUUGGGAAACAUUGCAGGCGAUGGCUCUGCCUACAGAGACAAGGUUCUCAAACACGGAGCUGUCGAUCCUCUUCUGAGUUUGCUGGCCGUCCCUGAGCUCUCCGUGUUUCCUUCUGGUUAUCUCAGAAACAUCACUUGGACCUUGUCGAACCUCUGCCGCAACAAAAACCCGGCACCCCCUCUGCCGUCUGUGCGGCAGAUCCUGCCCACCCUGGUGAGACUGCUCCACCACGACGACAAGGAGGUUCUGGCAGACACCUGCUGGGCGGUGUCCUACCUGACGGACGGCCCCAACGAGCGCAUCGAGGUGGUGGUGCAGGCCGGCCUGGUGCCCCGUCUGGUGCAGCUGCUUGGCUCCGAAGAGCUGUCCAUUGUGACACCUGCUCUGCGGUCAGUUGGGAACAUUGUCACUGGCACGGAUGAGCAGACCCAGAGGGUGCUGGAUUCUGGAGCCCUGGAGAUGUUCCUGGCCCUGCUUCGUCACCACAAGAACAAUAUCCAGAAAGAGGCAGCAUGGACCCUGUCCAACAUCACUGCAGGCAAGGAAACGCAGAUCCAAGAGGUCAUCAAUGCUGGCCUGGUGCCUGCUCUGGUUGAGGUGCUCCAACGGGGUGACUACAAGACCCAGAAAGAGGCAGUAUGGGCAAUUACCAACUACACCAGUGGGGGCACCGUUGAGCAAGUUGUCUACCUUGUUCAGUCAAAUGUGCUUGAGCCCCUGCUGAACCUGCUCUCUACCAAGGACAGCAAGACUAUCCUGGUCAUCCUGGAUGCCAUUUCCAACAUCUUCCUGGCGGGAGGAAAGAUUGGAGAGGUGGAUAAGCUGUGCCUGAUGAUUGAGGAGUGCGGAGGGCUGGACAGAAUAGAAGCACUACAGUCUCAUGAGAAUGAGAUGGUCUACAAGGCUGCCCUCAACCUGAUUGAGAAGUACUUCUCUGGGGAGGAAGAGGAAGAUGAAUGUGUUGCCCCAGAAGCUACAACUGAUGGUUAUGCCUUCCAGAUUGCUGAUAACCAAAGCACUUUCAACUUUUAAAUGUCCUAUUUUUUCUACUUCACACUUUGUUUGUUAUAUUUUUGUAAGUGUUGUCACUGUACAUAAUUACAGGGACUAACUUGUCUGUUUUACUGUAAGCUCUGUAAAUAAACUUUAAUAUGGUCUA